AUGGCUGCUGUGAACCAAGACAACACUCUAGUAGUGGCCACAACCACUGCUCCCUCAAACUCAAAGCAAUCUCAGCCGCGAGCAAAGACCGUUGAUUCUCAGUCUGUUCUCAAAAGGCUGCAAUCUGAGUUGAUGGCCUUAAUGAUGAGUGGGGAUUCUGGGAUAUCUGCCUUUCCUGAAGAAGACAACAUAUUCUGCUGGAAAGGGACAAUCAUUGGAAGCAAAGAUACAGUGUUUGAAGGGACAGAAUACAGACUAUCCCUUACCUUCCCCAAUGACUAUCCAUUCAAACCUCCAAAGGUCAAGUUUGAGACUCUCUGCUUUCAUCCCAAUGUGGAUCUGGUUGGCAACAUUUGCUUGGAUAUUCUUCAGGAUAAAUGGUCAUCUGCUUAUGAUGUGAGAACCAUACUCUUAUCCAUCCAGAGUCUGCUUGGAGAACCAAACAUCAGCUCACCUUUGAACAACCAAGCAGCACAACUUUGGAGCAAUCAAGAUGAUUAUAGGAAGAUGGUGGAGAAGUUGUACAAAUCUCCAAAAGCUUAA